CAAACCCUCCAAGAUCCAAAUAGUUAUUACUGACGCAGGUUUACAUGUCUUUGUCCAUGAUUGAAUUCAAUUCGAUUCAGCAAUAUGAUUCCAUCAACCCGAGCCAACCCGAGCCGAGCCGGUACCUCACCGUCAAUCUCAACCGUGACGCAACCUAAGCCAUUGAUGCGACACGGCUCCCCCUCUCUCCCGGAAUGGCGACAUCAACGGCUCGACCGUACCGUAUUACUCACUCUCCCCCCGACGCAUUCGGCUCACGCGUCCGGCACUUCGUCGCCGACGCAACUUCUUUAACCUCAACCCUUAACCCUUCCCUGCUUAACCCUACCAUUUUCCUCUCUUCUCCAGCCCCAUCCCCAUCCCCAUCCCCAUCCCUAUCCCGAUCUAAUCCCUUACAUCUCUUAUCUCCGAUCACCGGUCACCUACGAUAUUUCUAUUUUCGCUGCCGCUCUCGAUGGGCGACUUGACAGAUUCCUUGACACCGUCGUCUGGCCACUCCCGACCCAUACCCGUUCGUGAAGACUGCUGGAGCCAGGAGGCUACCUCCACUCUCAUCGACUUUUGGGGUCGCCGUUUCGUCGAGCUCAACCGGGGGAAUCUCCGUCAAAAGGAUUGGCAGGAUGUGGCUGAAGCCGUCAAUGCCCUCCAUGGUCACUCCAAGAAGACUCACCGUACUGACGUCCAGUGCAAAAACCGAAUCGAUACCAUUAAGAAGAAGUACAAGAACGAGAAGGCUAGAGUUUCCGCUUCCAACGGAUCCCUAACCUCCUCUUGGCCCUUUUACGAUCGCCUCGAUGUUCUUAUUGGAUCUAAUGUUUCUCUUAAAAAGCCAUCCACCUCCAUGUCUCCAUCUCCGCCGAUGGUGCGUCCUCUUUCCUACCGGAAAGCGCCGCCUUCGGGGACUGCAAAUGCGGUUUCUGUGGCGAUUCCGCAGAAGCGGCCAUUGGCAGUGGUGGAUGGGGGGCAUUUUCGCAGGAAUUAUUCGGCUAUGGCUGCAGCAGCAGCUGCUACAGAAGCAGAGGAGGAAGAGGAAGAGGAGGAGGAGGAGGAAGAGGAGGAGGAGGCGGAAGCAGAUGCGGAGGAGAGGGGUAUUGAGGAGGAGGAGGAGGGAGAAGGAGGGGGUAUGAGAAGGUUGGCCGAAGCAAUAGAGAGAUUUGGUAAGAUGUAUGAAAGAGUGGAAGCAGAGAAGUUAAGGCAGAUGGUGGAAUUAGAGAAGCAGAGAAUGCAGUUUGCAAAGGACUUGGAGGUGCAGCGAAUGCAGAUGUUCACGGAAACUCAAGUUCAACUCGAGAGGAUCAAGCGUGGGAAGAAAUCAGGUUCCAAUGUUCUAGAUGCCUCAAACUCAGUUUGAAGAACUCUGUGUAGUGCAUUGUGAGGGGGUGGUCACGAGAAGAAAGACAUCUAUGGUUAGUGACAUUUGAUAGUCCAACGUGUGUUGGAAGAGCUUCCACCUUUGUCUCGCCCUUCUCCAAGUACAUAUUAUUGCAGCUGAUAUGGGUAUAAGUGAACCGCUAAGGCAGAUUGUUAGAGCUAUUUCAAUAUUCUUAUUGUUCUUAGCUCUCUCUUUUUUUUUUUUUUUUUUUUUUUUUUUUUUUUUUUUUUUUUUUUUUUUUUUUUUUUUUUUUUUUCCUUUUGUCUAAUUGAAUAGAAAAAGAACCUGAAUUUGGAAGGGAGUCUGGACCUUUAUUUAGUCUAAAUGUAUUCGAGUUAGCUGUAAUCUUAUCAGUUUUUUCUUCUUUUAAAAUGAUAUUGUGAUAUUGUAGUCACC